AUCAGCAGCGCGAGAUGGAUAGCAUGUUGAUAGCUAUUUUUAUUAGUAUCCUCAACAAAUGUUAGUUUAUUUGAACUCAUCCGCUUUACAGUCCGUGCUUUGUUUAUAAUUUGAGAGACAUGUUUUUGUGUCCAGGAGCGAGGCUCUCGGCGACGGCUUUGGAACAAGGUUUAAACUCCACGACGGCAUUGCAAGCAGCGGCGCAACUUAAAACAAACAGACUAACGUUAGCUGACAUUACCUGCCCAUUGCCAUUACGUAACAUACAUACAUUCAAAUGUUCCCGAGCUUUUUGUGGAUAUAUCGGUGGUGAUGGUUGGGAAAAGGAUGAUUCUGCACUUUCGCCUGAUGGAAAGCGAGAAAAAAGGGAGAAGGAUAUGUUUUCCGUCAAAAACCGGGACUCUGUUAGUUUCAUAAUCACGCAUCAGGAACAAUUAACUCGAGUAAACUCAUUUGCUUUCAAUCUCUCCAACAAAAGUAACCGUAAAAGUUUCAUCAGCCGUACACAUAACGUCACUAGCCCAACGCUUUAUCGGACGAAUGAAGGCCAAAGCUGGCAGAAGAAACUGAACGUAGAUGCACUUGAAUCUGUGUUUACGUCUGGCGCCAAUGUCUGCAAUCAUCGUUUCAAUCCCACAUCGACUGUGCAAAUGAGAGCUUUUUCCUCGGUUGAUGUCGCUCCCAAACGGGUGGAGGACUUGCCCGCAGAUCACAAAGUGGACCAGACUCCAAAGGAGGCCUCAGCCAAAGGCCCUGAGGAGCCCAAGGUACCGGAGCCUGAGGAGGACAAACCUAGCAAGACCCAACAGCUGAAGAAGAUCUUUAAAGAGUACGGAGCAGUGGGAGUCUCCUUCCACAUAUGUAUGUCCCUCAUGUCUCUGGGCAUGUUCUACCUCGCUGUGUCCAGUGGGAUCGACAUGGCUGCUAUCCUGUACAAGAUAGGGUUCAGUGAAUCUCUGGUUCAGUCCAAGUUGGCAGCAGGGACAAGUACGUUUGUCCUGGCAUACGCCAUCCACAAGCUGUUUGCUCCGCUCCGUAUCAGCAUCACUCUGAUGUCAGUGCCUCUUCUUGUACGACACGUCAGAAAGACCGGCCUCUUCAAGACACCCACCUCACCUACACCCUGAGUGGCUGAGACCCCAACCACCUCUAACUUCGAUAACUGAGACUUUCCAAAUAUUACCAGGGUUUUUUUCUUAAGAAAUUCAGGAUUUCUGGAAUCAGGAGGGAAUAAGCUGUGAGAAAUUCCUCCAACCAUCCAUCAUUCUUCAACUGGAAUUUCUGCGGGAGGAAAAACAGAAUUUUGAAUCUCCUCGAUAACCCACCGAGGCUCACUUUUAACCCACCUGUAAAUCAAUGGCGGUCUGUGCCGUUUUAAGAUUUUUUUAUGAGCAUGUUCUUAUUUCUAUUACAGUAUAUUGGAUGACUGUCAUUCAUAUUCCAUUCACCCAGCUCAAUGUAACAUCGAUAGGUUUAGGCUACUACAAGAUACUCAAUGUCCCUGCACCCAUCAUGAGGUUGCUACAACCUAGUUUAUGAAUGAAUUUUGAGUAAUCAAGGUGACAGACAGUAACACAUUAAAUACCGCCGUGAACUCUCGUGCCUGCAUCUAGCUGAUCUAGGGUGUGAUCAUUAGUCCAACAGUUGCAAAUGAGAGAUUCUAUUGGACAAAUUCAGGUAUGUUUAUCCCCGUUCCAUUUAAAAAACGUUUUUAAACAGAAUCAGCAGAAUGAAUACACCCCUGAUCACACGCAAACACAGAUCACUUUCAUAGCAGCCAUAUAAAAACAGCAUGAUCACUUUGCUCGUUGUAUACAGUGCAUUCGGAAAGUAUUCAGACCCCUUGACUUCUUCCACAUUUUGUUAUGUUACAGCCUUAUUCUAAAAUGUAUAAAAUUGUUUUUAGAAUUUUUUUGCAA